AGAAAUGGCACGUUAACAGGGAAUGCAAAUUUCGGCCAAAGUAUUUCUCAACGCGGAACAAAGAGAUGAACAACUUUUCGUACUAUUGAACUUUGCACAAAAAUGUACGGUUUUUGUGAGUGUUUUUUUGUAACAAUGAGAUGAAUUCUAUCUGAUAGGAGAACCACUUUUUCCUUAUCGUCAUGUGUGAACACAUCCGUUAGUCCUGGAGUGUGUGCAAGAGUUUGUUGCGAUCAACAGGGGGUAAAAGAGAUCACUUUGUCUCUAGCCAUCGAUUUGAUAACAUAUAUUUUCGGUUUUACUGUGGAUUCGUGUACAAUUUUCUUUGCCGCGUCUCUUUUUUAGUGGUAUUUUAGGGAGUUUUCGAGGGGUGUUUUAAGUAUGGAUCCUGAAAUAGGUGAGGAGAGAAGAAGCUUGGGACAUUCUAUAGCUCUUCUCGAUCCCGAGGGAUAUUUGCCCGCUGAAAGGGAGGAGUUCUUUGGAAAUUUCUACUUCACGCGAUCGACAUACUUGGCCGGCGAUCAAGUGCAAUGCGAAGUGAGAUUCACGGACUUGAGUGAUUUGACCAUUGUCACCAUCCGUGGUCGCGUGCUGGGAUUCUGCAUAUAUAAACGAUCCAGAGCCAUAUGUUUCUCACCUCCUCAGCCCAGAGAGAUUCUCGAUGAUCUCGUGUACAGCUACGGUCGCGAAGGAGAUCCUGUCGUAGACUUGGAACCAAGAACGUUCAGAAUCUAUAUCAACUAUAGACUGCCGCGAUACUUGCCGAGUUCCUUCGUGCACACCCGCCAGCGCAUCUACUACGUCAUCCUGCUCGAGGGCAAGAGACGCGAUGGGAGCUCAGUAUACACCUACUCGAGGUUCCAGGUGGUGAGCAAAACGCUGAUGCUGAUUGGACUUCAGCCGCCUGGCGAGGUAUCGCAGGCCGUCAGGUACUUAGGGCUUUUCCGAUAUAUGAAGAUUAAGCUGAUGUUGCCCAGCAAGGCGGUCAUGCGAAAUACCGAGUUCUUCACCAUCUUCACCAUAAUUCCGCGCUGCAAGGAUGAGAUUGAGGUCAAGAGGCUCAACUUCUCGCUCAUGCGCGUCAUGAGAUACAAGCUCAAAUGCAGAGGCCUGCAAGAGUUCGACGAAAUAGUUCAUCGCAUUAAAAAGGUCUACUCAUACUAUGUGACGCACUUAUUUGUGAACAACAGGCAGCCCGAGUGGUUCUUCCGGGGACGCAUCAUCAUCCCGCACGAUUGUAUGCCCACUUAUAUGCCCGACGAGUUCUUGCGCAUUACUUACAGGCUGAAGGCAGAACUGGAAGUUAAAUACAAAUUCAUAACGUCAACCCACACCCUUGAGAUUCCGCUGGACAUCUGCUCGGAGGAGCAAUUGGAUCCAACUCAUUUUCCCUUUUGGGACAUGGUCGAUUUCGACCAACAAAACCUCACGCUGCCAAAUAUUGAGGUGGUGGAUGUGGAUGAAGAGGCCGAGAAGCAGGCCAGAAUCAACCAGUUCGACGCGGAAGGCGUGAGGGCUGUGACGCCGGAUGCGGCCAGGCUGCAGGAGGCGCGCUAUCCGGCCAUGGAGCACGAACAGCCUGGCCGGAUAGAACCCGAAGACGGCGAAGUAGAAGGCGCAGUAGGCGGUGUAGUCGAGAGAGCGGUGUAGAGCCAUUCAGGAAAAGCGUGCGCACGAGAGAGAUGGCCAGAGCCGCUUGGCGAGCGGAGAGUGAGCUUGAGGGUGACGUCAUGGCUGGAAGGUGGGGAAGAACGGCUCUCGAUAAAAGUAAAAGUGCCAUGAAAUACCAAGCAGAGUGUCUGUAAACAUUUCAUCAGGAACCCGCCAUGAAUCUGCCCUAAAAUCCCAAAUUGUAUCAUUAUUGCAUGCGAGUAAAGUGGAUUACCUCAAA